AUGACCUCUUCUAAUGCGGCCAGGGAAGAACAGGAACCUCUUUUGGCCCGGGGAGACAGAGUCCGGGAUGGCACAAGCACGGUACAAUCGCAGGCCUCGUCGCACCAGGUUCCUGUUCUUGUGUUUGGACUCAGACCAUGGAGGGAAAUAUCUGCCAGAUCCUCACCCCAUCGUCACGAACCCAGUCGCGGACCUGCGCUGCAAGGACGCAGAGGUGCAGGCCGAGCUGUGGCUGGUGUUGAGUUUGGCGAGCACCUUUGGUCUGCUGCCGACGCUACUGUUUAG